AUGGCAGCUUUCCAGCAGCAGCAGCAUCAUCACCACCAGCGGUUGCAGCAGCAGCGUCUGCCCUGUCAGCCGCUUGCCUGGCCACCGUCCGUGCCUGGCGCUGGCGUCAUGUUGCCACCACUGUCCAGCAGCAGUAGUAUGCAACAACGGGGCACAGGGCCGCCGCAGUUAACUCCACCAGCACCACCACCGCCGCCGCCGCCGCUACUGUCUGGGUCAGGAGCGGCUGCGUACGGUCAAGCACCGCCGGCACAGCCUCCCAGUUUCUUUGCCAGCCCGCUGCACCACGCAGCGUUGAUGGCACCACCACACCCGCUGCCCAAUGAACGCUUCGCGGCACCACCAACGCCGCCAACGAGCGCACCGUCCCACGGCGGGCAUGCCUUCAAUUUCUUCAAUGCCAAGAUGCUGCUCAAUUGA